AUGGAUGAUCCCCUAGAUGCUGCAUUUGUGACAGGGCUUUGCUAUCUUCUGGCCCCAGUAGGCUGGCAGCCAGUCAUAACAACCGUGCUCAUACUUCUGUUCACUAGCCGUAACACUGUGCAACCUUUCCUGGCAGUUUUUCCCAGACAUGUAGCGCCAGCACUUGAAAAAGCCAUUGAGCACUCGAUUUUGGAGUAUACUGCAUGGCUGCUCAGCUGCGCAGUUAUCAUGUACUCAAUUCACUUAUAUUGGGAGAAACUCAUCAUGGUUGUCUCCAUCUUCAUCUUUUCUGUGUGCAUCAUCUCACAAUGGGCAAGUUCCUGCUGGCAUCAGUCACACAGCAAGACGAAUGUGCUGGUGCGAGACGUAUUUGUUACAGUCGGUGACCGUCAUCCAGAUUUGCUGUCUUUGGACCACCCAUUAUCUAAACUGGUCGUGAAUACCAAAGCUGAGCUUGCAAAGGCUCAUUCCCUCCUUUCCGAUUUUGCUGCUGCCUCUGUGAAUGUACACGGUUUAUGUCUCUUUGGCGGUUCAAUCCAAAUAGUCCCAUAUUUCCUCCGCUUGGUCCGCGCUAUUCAAUGCUUCGUAAUGAAGCGGACCUCCCGGAAAUCCCGUGGCUGUCGCCCAUUCCUAGUGCGAUAUGGAUUGAUAGACGAUUGGCAAACAUGUGGGAAGAUGAAAGACGAACUGAACCUCCAGGAUAUAACGAGUAUGCCCUCCUUUUUUAUCCCGGCUGUUCGAUAUACUUAA